AUGUUUCAACACACACCCGGUCUAACUAUCGCAGAAUCGCUAUUUACUGGAAUUUAUAUUGUUGUCUCGAAAACUGAGACCGUUAAAGAGUCUGAAUUUAAUGAAAUUCUCAAUUUUCUGAACUCGGAGUUAAACAUUUUCGAUACGAACGAUUUGGUCUCCGAUUUCAUCUCCAGUGGAGAAUUUGAUUGGUUUAAGGACCGGAUUCACUUCUCAUCGAAGUUAAGACUAGGUCCCACUCAAAUAUUGUGGAAUUCUGAAGAGGAACCUAUUGGUCACGAACACAUACUAAACAGCAGCAAGGCCCUUACAUCACUCAAAGAAGCCAACACAUCAAGCUAUUUUAGCGAUUCCACACUUCAAAUUAACUAUAUUAGUGAACAAAAGCACAAAGAGUCGGCAAACUUGUUUUAUAAACAGAGUACUAUCGCAUCGCUGAUUAUCGAUCGGCAAUCGGACAUUUUUAGUCUAGUUGACCUGUUUUACUCAAAAAAGGACAAAUAUAAUGACGAGGUUCCUUUCCACUUCUUGUUGACGAGAUCGGGGUUAGUACAAAGGUUGAUAGAUGAAUUUGACAAGUACAUAGUCAAGGAGAAUUUGCACAAGUAUCGUAAAUAUAAUGCAGAGGACGACGAAUUUAUACAUGAUUGUUUCGUGUUUGUAAAGGAGAGUGACAGUGGAAAUGCUACAGACAGUAGCGACCAUGACACGAAUAUACUCCAUAGCGUACUGAAGGAAAUUGUGUUAAACAUACUUACUUCAUUCUUAUCGCAACUAGUAGCACGUUUCAGUAACGAGGCGUACUCGUUAGAGAGUAUUAAGAAAUAUAUUCUGAAGCAGAUCACGCAUUUGCAUCUCGGUAAGCAUAAAAAGAGUGGUUUGAAGGUGAAUGAAGUGUAUAAUGGGACCAACGUGAGGCUUUACGGAGACUUGCAUUUGGCGAUUAACAAGAAGGAGAUGGCAAUGAACUAUUACACACUGAGCAGUUACCUGUUUAAAGCAGAGGGGAGUGAGUUGGAAUACUGCAGAACACUGUUUGCACUGUCCAUAGUAAUAUUUAAACACCACUUGAGUAAAUUGGCAGCGGAUGUGGCAAUUGCAGUUAGUGAGCCGGUUGAAAUGCCAACGGGAAAUACAUCUAUUGAAUUGGACAGUGAUAAUUAUCACGCGAUUGGGACGGUAGGCAUCGACGUAGCAAAUGAAAGCAUAGAAGAAAACGCAGAAGAUCAACAGUCAAGUAGAACGUUGGAGAACACCGACGUGACCUCGGAGAUUGACUUAAACAGAAUAAAGAUCAAGUAUGAUAAGUACGACAAGUACAACAUCGAAGGAUUAAUGAAGGACGUCGGAGAAAAGCCACUGAACUACCUGCUAUUCUACCUGAAUAAGUCGUAUACGCUGUGGAUGAGGACUUCCGAUCAUUCCGUGGAAGUUGAGUUGUUGUUUGCAUUUUACGUUAACGUACUGUUUAAAAUAAAGUCGCCCUUCGUCACGAAGGUAAUAAACUCGUUUAUAAUAUACUCGAAGAGAGUGUGCAGUAAGGAGAAACAGUGUAGCAUACUAAAGUAUAUCAUCGGCCUGUUGAGUAAGUCGAAGUAUAGGAGGAAGCUGUUGUUUUACCAAUAUCUCUUGGAGGAAUUGGUAAAUGGCAGUAAAACAGUAGACACGGAACAGAGAGAAUAUAAGUACAAAGACAUAAACUAUGUGAUAUGUAACUUGGUGUCGGCGGUAUAUAAUGGGUUGAAGGAUAAAAGGUGUCAUUCGUUGCUGGAUGGGUUGAAUUUUGUGGAAUAUGAGCACUGGUACCAGAUCAAAAACACAAUAAUAGAGAGUCAAAUAGUUAAAUUAGUUGGCGGUAACAGCAAUGAUAGUGAUGGUAUUGGCACAAAUGGAGUUACGAGCACUACGGGAAAUAAUGGCAUUGCCCGUAACAAUGUUGAAGACGAGUGCGCGACUACGGCAAAUGGCGGGAACGACAAGCAGGAGUUGAAUAGGAAGGUAAACAAGCUGGUACUGAUGAAGUACAUGAACCUGUUUGACUAUUUAAUUGAUUUGAAAUACGCCGUUGACCUGAAGAUGUUUGAAAGAAUCAAAGGCGAGUUUGUGGCAAGCCCGAAUCAUUUUAUAAUCACACACGUUAUUCUGUUAAGUCGUUCUAAUGGUGCUGAUGCUAAUGAAGCUACUGGUACCAGCACAGACAGGGUCGAAGCCGUUACCGUAAAUAGAGACGAUAAGCCUAAUGAUAGUAGUACUAAGGAUGACACUGGUAUUAGGGAUGACAGCGGCAUGAGUAAUGAUGCGCUUGCUCUUUUAAAUAAGAUGAAUAAGCGUGGAUCGAGCGCACACUUCAUCGGAGGGUUCGAAGAGCUGCAGUUUAAUAACUUCCCUAUCGUAUACUCGAUUAAACUGAAGCAAGACAACUACAGUUACCAGCAUUCGAACAUUAAGAAGGUGGAACACGUGUACUCGAGUACGCGUAGGCGCAGUCGCUACAAUAUACUGGUCAAAGGCUCGUACAAGCACUUUAAAAUUAAGCCAGUAUACAGCGACCACGUGAUAGAGCCGAGAUGUGUCAUAAUGAAUAAGAGACUGUGCAUCAUAUACAGGUGUAAACUAAGAAAAUAUGACCCCAGUUAUACCUCUAGAAAGAGAUAUAAAAGAACAAGCAGCAGUAGUGUCGGGGAUUCCGACGGUGUCAACGCAGAUAGUGAUACGAUUAACGAUAAUAGUGUUACUGAUGCGGGCGACGCCAGUGUUGACAAUAGUGCGAGUGGCACCAGUGGCAAUAAGAAGUACGUGGAGUACGUGUACGACAAGGUUGACAAGGUGGUCUACGUUGAAAAGGAAUUGAGUGUUGAGAUGAAGUUGGACAAUCCACUGCCCGUCUGCCUGGUUUUGAAGAACGUGAGACUGAUAACGAUCGGUGCAACCUUUGAUAGUGAACUCACGGAAAUAGAAGUUCCGCCCUUCAAAAGGAACUUUAAACACAACUUAAAGAUCGUAAUCGGAGAGCCAGGGGCACUUCACGUCAUUGGAAUCAGCUUCUUACUGUUUGAUAAAUUGCAGUGCUAUCAGCUGAUGUUUAAAGACUGCAAUUUGUUGUCGCAUCUGUUGACACGAUACGAGGCCGAAGACGCGUUUGAAGAUAAUUUAAAGAGCGACACAGGGCUGAUGGAUUUGCUAAAGAAAAGCGCUGUGUUGGAGUUGAAUGCAGUUAACAAUUACAACAAGUCGAGACUGGACGUUUAUUUCACGGAUUUCAACAACUUUUACACGGACGCCAGGUUUGGCAACUUCUACUCGAUAGGCUCGAGUAGGAGGACGACUAGUUCUUCGAGAGUGGCAGGUAAAAUAUCACUGAACACGAGCAUAUAUGACUCCGCAAGAAGUAACAUGAGUCGGAUGACAAGGAGCAUCAGUAGCACGAGCGGAGUUGUCGAACGUGCAAACAGGAGGACCAGUAUUGGGAGUAGCAGUGCUAGGCUUAGCAGCAUUAACACAGUAGCCACGAGUAACAAUCCGAGCAUCAUUGACAUUGACAGCAUAAAAAGUGACAUGGUUAGCUGGCUGAGGGUCCCAAAAUCUGGACAAGGGACAGUUUUGAAGCAGCUAAAGUUGUGUAUGAGUUAUUCGUGCAGCUACUGUAACAUCUUCUACAGCUAUUACGACUCACUGUUGGCGAGUGGCAGGGGUGAUAGAGCGUCAAUAAACGUGGCUUAUGGCCACCAAGUCAAUGCACAGUCGUGUAACGGUGCUAAUGCCCAUAAUGUGGACACGGCUAACAAUGCCAAUGUUGACUCUAGUACCAGGACCAAUAUCUCUAAUGUUGACCCUAGUACCAGGACCAAUAUCUCUAAUGUUGACCCUAGUACCAGGACCAAUAUCUCUAAUGUUGACCCUAGUACCAGGACCAAUAACGGUAAUGCCGAUAGCGGAGAUAAUAUGGAGGUAGCUCGGCUAAUUAACGGCGAAAUAAAGCUGAUAUACGUCAGGCUGAAGAACGAGAAUAAACAUCACACCUUUACAAAUGUUAAAAUAUCGGCACUGCCUUACUAUACAGCUGAGUCAGCAGACCAUGAUGUUAUCCAUAGAUAUAAGAACGAAGUGUACGGAGCGAAGAAGAGGAAAAUAAAGAACAUAACGAUAGGCGGAGACUACGUGAAGGAAAAACUUAAGAAAAACAGACUUAAGAACAUAAAACAGCAGUUCUACUCAAAGUUUAUCAUUAUAUUGAACGAACACUGCCAGCUGGUUAGAAGUGACCGCGUUGACUGCCACGAUAUAAGCGUGAAUAACUACCAUGAGCACACUGGUGGAGUGAGUGUUCCACCUAAUGAGACACUGUAUGUGCCAAUAAUUUACAAGUGCAACGACAUCAUAAACAACUUCAAUGUCAUACUGGAUUACACGAUUGUUAAGGUCGGAGAUGGAGGCGCCAGUGACACAACUAAUUCAACAGUUGGCGAUGGCGCGAAUAGCACUGAGAGGGGGUAUGUGCACAGGAACGUGAAGGUGAAGGUUCAAAAGUCGUUGGAAAUAAACAGCAUUAAGUUCGAAAACAUGGUAUACUUCAAUUUGAAGCACUUCAUACACAACGCGGAUGAGUUUGGCCACCUUUUUAAGCAGUCGACACUAUCGUCGCUUAAAACGUACACGCCGAUAUUCGAUCACAAGUGCGUAAGGGCUUUCAUCAAUAUCAUCAACAAGAGCGAUAUUAAGUUCAACUGCGUGAUAAAUAGAACCAAUUUCGUAUCGGAUCCUAAUUAUACACAGCGUUGGUCCGUUAAGAUGAGGAGAAUGGAUUACAGAAAGGACGUUGACUUACACGAAUUCACACAAAUGGUCCUGGCACACCUACAGGUUAAAUGGACGUGCGAUAUGAAUCAGAUUGGAGUCACGAACGUGUACAAUCUGAGUGACGAGGACAGCUAUAAGCUGUACACCAGUAGUUCCUACAACAACCUGACGGCAAAUAGCUUUAACUUGGAGAAUAGCUGGAGUCACGGCAGCCUCAGCAGGCGCAGGCUAUCGAUGUUUGAGAGGGUAAUCAUCAGGAACUUGAACAGCCUGAUCAUGUCGAAGUUGACAAUAGAGCUCUCAGUGUCGACGAACGAUGCGGUGGGAUCCGCGAAGGGGACGUUUGAGACGAGCCCAGGCUCCAAAUUCACAGUAAACGUUCUGGUCAGGAACAACGGAUACGAACCGGUCCACGACUAUAAGGUGCUAAUAGUGCCCUUUAACAAGGAGUGCUACACCAAAACUAGCGGAAUAGAGUACACGGGGUGCCUAGAGCAGAUAGGGGCGUGCCCUAUCAUAGGCCUGAGCGACUACAGCACUGAUACGGCGUGUAACGGAGCUCCCAACGGUACUGAUACUGGCACUGAACACGCGAUCAACAGUUCCUUAAAGAGGCACACUGACGACUGGGACUACUACUUGAAGGUGGCGAGCGUUGAAUUUGUGACAACUGAGCCAGGCACUCUGGGCAUAAACGCCGCAAUCAUAUCUCAAACUGAGAAGGUCGCAUACUGGCAUCAUAAUCCACUGACCGUCAAAUUGUUUGGGUGGCCCUGUAUUUUGUAG